UCAGAACCAAGCCCUUGCUGUUCUUGCCCUCCCCUCCCUUCUGUUACCAUCCUCUCGCCAUUUUCCGUCCACCCCUCGUCGUGGUCUCCGCGCCGACCACCCCACCCCACCUCCGAUCCCAUCGCCCAAACCCUAACCCCACCGCCGCCGCUGCCUCCCUCCGAUGGGAGGCCAACCCCGCGAGCGCGGGAGCCGCGCGUCCCGUAAGGGCCGCCCCGUCCGCAUGGGUCCCGGACCCGCGCCCCCUCCCGCUUCCGAUCCCGAUCCGUCCGCCUCCGCGGCCGCGGGGGGCGACGACGCGGCGGACGAGCUGGAGUCGCGCCUGCUCAAGCUGCUAGAUAAUGCCUACGCGGCGGCGCUGGCCCGCGUGGCCGACCUCGGCCACACCGAGGAGGCGGCGCUCGAGGCCGUCCUCCGCGCGGGCCACUGCUACGGCAAGCUCGGCGACCCCGUCGCCAACAUCGUCGCCAACGCCCGCGCCUACCUCUCCAACCACGACCACUCCGGCGGGGCUGGCGGCUUCGCCGACCUCCGCCGCCUUGAGGAGUACUCCCUCGCGGGGCUUGUCUGCCUCCUCCAGAGCAGCCACCCCACCCUCACCCGCGCCGAGGCCAUGUGGUGUCUCCUCUCCAGCGACCUCCGCCUAGAGGAGGCCAUCGCCAUAGGCUCCUCCCUCACCCGUAAGACCUUACCCGCUGCCGCCCCUGCCGAGAGUGACGACCUUCCCCCUGCUGCUGCCAGCACCGCACAGCGUGGUUACAGCCAGUACCAUACCGCCACGACCGCAGCGACUCCCGACACCACUCUGUUUGACCCUGAUACCUUCACGAGACUCGCAAUACGCCAGGGUCCUGCCGCGGCGGCGGGUGUGAUCUCCUGCAUCAAGACCUCCGGGUGGUCACGGUCCAGUGGUGCUGCCCCGGAUGUGCAACCCAAGGAAUCCUUUGCCAAGAAGCUCUCCACUGAGGAGCUCAUCGAGUCUGUUGUUGCGGAGCUUGAGGCGCUGGACAUUGACAAGAAGGAUCCACCCGAUGCGAACCCUGAUCCCAAGAACCAGAUGGUGCGUGACCUCAUUAAGCAAACAAGAGAGAUGGAGGCACAGCUCAAGGAGCGCAGGGAAUGGGCUCAGGGGAAGGCGAUACAGGCUGCUCGCAAGCUUGGUGCUGAUCUCACGGAGUUGCGUGUUCUGCGGAUGGAGCAUGAUGAGAACCAGAGGCGCAAGAAGGAAAAACAGGUGAUGGAGGAUGAUACAAUGAAGCGGCUCACUCAUCUGGAAAAUGAGCUUAAGAAGAAGAGUGGUCAGCUUGACCGCAGUAACGCGGCAGUGCAGAGGCUGGAAAUGGAGAAUGCAGAGAUACGUGCCGAGAUGGAAGCUGUGAAGCUGAGUGCAUCGGAGACUGGAAGGCAAUGCCAGAGUCUGUUAAAGAAAGAGAAGAAGGAUAGCAAAAGGCUUGAGCUGUGGGAGCGCCAGAAAGCCAAGCUGAAAGAGGACAUUGGUGAAUGCAGGACAAAGAUUACACAGACGGAGAAGGAGCUUGCUGAGGUCAACAAGGCAAUAAAAAACAUGGAGAUCAAAAUACGAGAAGACACAAAUGCCAAAGAAGAAAACAUGGAGCUCUUGGAAGAGGAGCGCAGGAAGCAGGAAGCUGCCAAAGCGAACGCUGAUCGCCGACUUGAAGAGCUUCAUCGCAAGAAAGAAGUUGAAUCCCAGUGCUACAAAGAUGACCUCCAUAGGCUCCAAGAUGAACUGAAUCGUCUGCAGAAGUCAACAGGCGCAAAUCAAUCAGCUGUUCAGUCGACAAACCCUCCUGGCGCAACUAAUCGAAGCACAGCCAGGGCGCCAAAGCAGCCCAUCCAGAGACCACCGCCCGCAUCCAACUGUCCGCCGCUGCAGCCAACCCAGAAGCCAAGCCGUCGCCGGGACUGCGUCAUCUGCAAGAAAGAGGAGGCGUGCAUCAUCCUGCUCCAGUGUGCCCAUCAGGUCCUGUGCGUCGGCUGCAACAAGCCGCGUGAGGAUAAAGGCGUGGCCCGCUGCCCCUGUUGCAACACCAAGGUCGAAGAGAGGAUCAGGGUUUUUGGUGCGAGCUCCAGCUGAGGCACCAGACGGUGCUGUGCUGUCCUGGGUGAAGGGAAACUUGUGGUUGACAUUUUUUAUUUUUGCUUUUUAGCCUCAAUACUAAGGAUACAAGCUGUAGUAUUUUAAUUUUUUACCUCCGUUACUGUGAAGAAUGGGUUAUAGGUCUCUGCGGUUAUACUUUCCUUGGAUAUUGUUGAGAAACUGGUGUUACGGAAUGUAGUCUGUAAUUUCUCGAGAGAAAUAUUAUAAAAGAGAGAUAUAAUGAAAGGAAAAGAUUGUCUAUUUUUUA